UUGACGUCUAUCUGCUCACGUACGCCAAAUUUUUUUUUUUUUUGUGUAUGUAUGGUAACUGUUGAUAGUAAUUUUGUUGUAGGUGUCAAGAGAAGGGAAAAAUGUAACGUGGUGAUCUGAGUUGAAAUUGAGGAAAACAGAUACAAGACGAAGCCAUGAAACUCCCUAAAUACAAUUAAGGAUAAUAUUCGACAUGCAGCUUUUGAUAAAGAACCGACUGCAUUAACGCAUCAUGAACAACUCUACUUUUCCCGAUGUCGAAAGAUCGUGUUGGCUCUUUUCCUCAAUAUUCUUCACACCGCUUUUGGUUGUAAUAAGCUUGGCAGCUUUCGUUGGCAACAUUCUUGUCGUUAUCGUGGUGUCCAAGACGCCAAUUCUAAAGACAAGCACUAACUUCUAUUAUGUCAACAUGGCCAUUUCUGAUUUUCUUGGCGCUCUAUUCACCUGGCCAGUGUACCUUACUCACGAAAUCAUUACAAGUAGAGGAAGUCUGCUCCACGGUACUCUAGCUUCAGCUGCGUGCAAAACAGGGGCCUACGUAAGACUACUGUCGUACUUGGUGUCUAUCCUUAGCAUGCUAUUGAUCGCGGUAGAGAGGUACAUCGCGAUAGUGUAUCCUUUAAAAGUAAUUCUAUUUACACGAAAAACAAGAGCAGUCUUAAUACUUGCAGCGUGGUUGAUCCCGAUAGUACAUUCCUUGCCUCAUAUCUUGUAUUUUGAGGUAGAGGCGGUUGACCAGAUAGCCCUCUGCAGAUUUUCAUGGAAUUCUUCGAUGAUUAUGCUUUUCUAUGCUACAACCUUUCUCGUGUUUUUUGCGGUUCCAUUAAUAUCAAUUAGUAUUCUUUACACUGUCAUUGUGCGCGCUCUGGUAAGAAAGGCAAUACCAUGCGAUGACGCAAACCAAAAUAGUUUCCAAAUGAAGAGAUACAAGCAUAGUCAAAACAUUAUGAGGUUAUUUAAGUCGAUCGUGGCAGUAUUUGUUGGUUGUUAUUUACUCUAUACAAUGUUCUUGAUCAUAAAAGCCACAGUUCCUAAGUUUCUUCUUAAAGACGAGUGCAAGUGGAUGUUGGGUAUUUUUUAUUUCAUGCUUCCGUUGCUCAGUUCAUCGGUCAACCCGUUUAUCUUGUUUCUAUUCAGCACUAAUUACCGUCAAGCUUUACAGACAUUGUGUCCGUUUUCUUGUCGAAAAUGCUGUACAAAAGUGAGAAGAGGGGCAGAACGAAAUUACAGAGUAAGUUCAGUCCCUGAGUAAACAAUGGGAACAACAUGAAUAAUCACUUACUCAUGAGGCACACGCACGCAUACACACGCGCGCACGCACACCUCACCCACACACUCACGCACACGCAUACAGAAAGAAAAACAGUUGAGAAAAAAAAAAAAAAAACGGAAAUACAGAAUUUAAAUCGAAGUUCUUCUGAUUACUAGAGUGAGGGUGCAUUGCGGUCGUUUCGCUGACGACCAGUUCGCUAACUUUUUGUCUUGAGUUGACUUGUAUCAAAUCGACUCUCGGUUUGUAUUGAAACGAUCUAACUCCCUAACGAGUUUUCGGUCGAUUAGAGGGCGAUAAAGUUCUACCGAUAGCAUCAUUAAACGUUUGUAACACGCCAGCGAAACGAAAUAGAUGUUAGCGAACUGCCCUGAGAAGUCGGCGAAACGACUCAAGACUUCUGGGAUGUGGGCGUUAGCGAAACCACUGCCUAAGAGAAACGAUCAGUUACCGUGACGCUAACUCUGUUAUACUCAAGGUAUCCUACAUCCCAUGGCUUAUAGCACUGGCAUCAUCUAUAAUGGAGACUCUAUCAUGUAAAUAACU